CAGCUCAAAGCUAACCAACCAACCCCACACAUAAACGUAUCGUUAGGAUUUUCUCUCUCUAGCAAGACUUUCUCUCUCUCUAGUUCUAGAUUAUAAUUUGUUAACAAGAAAUGGGUAGUAGUUUCUUUGGGAGACCAAAAAUGGGUGGAUCUUCGUCACCAACAUCAUCUUCUUCUUCUCCGGCAAAGAGAGGGAAAAACAAGAACGGUUCUGAUAAGCCUAAGCAGCCGCAGAGAGGUCUUGGCGUCGCGCAGUUAGAGAAGAUUAGAUUACACAGUGAAUUUAACUGCAACAGUUUCAAUACUUACACUUCUUAUCAUCAGGAGGAUGUGAGGAUGCAAGGAGGAUAUCCAUCCAUGCCAUCUUCAUCAUCACCAUCAUCCGAUCAUUAUGGCUUUCAUCCAAACAUGAUGAUAAAUACAAGUAGUGAUCAAUACGAGAGAACAACCAUAAGAUACGGAGAUUCUCAGCCUCACAUAGCACCAAGUUGGAACCCGAGCUACGGUAUCUUGGAGAGCCAACAUUUUGGGGAACCAAACAUAACCAGACACUUCUUAUAUGAGGAUCCGAGAAAUAAAUCGUUGGGAUCAGGUAUUCAGAACUUCGAAACGAGUGACGCAACUGAGCCAGAUUUGGAGUUGAGAUUGUCACUUUGA